AUGAAAUUAUGGGAGAGGGUAAUCGAGACUAGAAUUAGAAAAGAAACCCAUAUUACGUUAAACCAGUUUGGUUUCAUGCCAGAGAGUUUGGAGGAUAAAGGGGUUCCUGGGAAGUAUGUUAGCAUAAUUAAGGAUAUGUAUGUUAGAUCUGAAACUAGUGUCCGUGCGCCUGUAGGGGAUACCGAUUUCUUCGCUGUUGAGGUAGGACUUCACCAAGGGUCUGUGUUGAGUCCGUUUCUUUUCACGAUAAUGUUAGACGAGCUGUCUAGGUCGAUUCAAGAGACAAUUCCAUGGCGUAUGCUUUUCGCAGAUGAUAUUGUGUUAGUGGCAGAGACUAAACAGAGACUGAAUUCGAGGUUAGAGGAGUGGCGAGCGGCUUUAGAGGGAAAAGGUUUAAGAAUUAGUCGCUCCAAGACUGAGUACCUUUAUUGUAAUUUCAGUGGUGCCGGAGAUGGCGAUGACACUCAAAUUACUAUGUGCGGUCAUGGGGUCCGCAGGACAGAGUGUUGGUCAAUUAAGAAAGCACAAGCGCGCAAGAUGGAUGUAGCAGAAAUGAGAAUGUUAAGGUGGAUGUAUGGGCAUACAAGGUUAGAUCGGAUAAGAAAUGAGGAUUUUAGGGAAAGGUUAGGAGUAGCUAAUAUUUCAGAUAAGAUAAAGGAGGGAAGAUUGAGAUGGUUUGAGCAUGUGAAGAGGAGACAAUUGACAACACCAGUUAGAGUAGUAGAAGGCUUAAUUGUGGAAGGGAGGAGGAGUUGA